UUCACGUGACCCUUGUAAACAGAAGAUGACUGUUCAGUGGAUUCUCGUUUUUAUUUUAUGUUCAAUUGCCAGUGUUUCAUCUUAUGGAAAUCAAAAUGUCAACACCACUGAAAUCAAGAAGAUUCAUCUAAUAUUUAUGAAUCAUUUGGAUGUUGGAUAUGAUGGAUUAGGUGGAAAAGAGAGAGGAUUAGUCAACAAUGUUCUCAACAAAUAUUUUCAAGUAUAUUUUCCACGAGCUAUUAAACUGAGUGAGACCUUGAUUGGUCUGGGUUAUAGAGAGAGAUUUAUCUACACUACACAUCCAUGGCUUGUACAGAUGUACGUCAAUUGUCCACCAAACUUAAACCUGUCUGGUAUAUUGCUUCAGUGUCCAUCAGCAAAAGAUUUGCAGAAUUUUUAUGGAGCGGUUGCUCGUGGUGAUAUCACAUGGCAUGCUGGACCAAUGAACAUGCAGUAUGAGAUGAUGGACAGAUCAUUAAUAGAGUUCAGUUUACAAUUAUCAGAUGAUCUGGAUGAAAUGUUUAAGAUACAACGAAAAUAUAAAACAGUAAGCCAACGAGAUGUACCUGGUAUGUCAAAGGCUCUAUUACCAAUAUUUGCUAGUAAAGGUAUAGUGGCAAUAACUGUUGGUGUUAAUCCUAUGUCGGCUCCACCCGGUGUUCCUGACAUCUUUAACUGGCAGUAUCAGAACAAAAGUCUUAUAGCCAUGUGGCACCCAGGUGGCUACCCACAAGCGCCAGGUACUGGGCCCGGCAAACCAGGUGGAAUGUCCAAACAAGACUGUGUUAUGUUUCCUGGUUUCCCAGAAGUUAUGUGUUUUGCAUUUAGAACUGAUAAUAGUGGCCCUCCAGUUAAUAUCUCUGAAAUACUUACGAAUUAUGAAAUAGCUCGUGGUCAAUUUCCUAACGCUGUUGUUCAGGCAUCAACUUUUGAUGAAUUUGUUGAAGCUGUUCAGCCUAUAAAAUCACAGCUUCCUGUGGUAACCAAGGAAAUAGGGGACACAUGGAUACAAGGACCAGGUUCAGAUCCUAGAAAAAUAGCUGAAAUGCGAGCCUAUUCUAGAUUACGUACACAAUGUAUUGAACAAGGACCAUGUUCUGUAAUUGAUAAAGUAUUUUAUAACAGCAGUAUAAUAAUGACCAAAUUAGGAGAACAUACAUGGGGUAUUGAUUCACUAUUUGAUGGUGUUAACUGGUCCAACCAAAAUUUUAAUACACAACUUAAAGAAAAACCUAUUAAUUAUAAAGUGAGUAUUAACUCGUGGACAGAACAGCGAGAAUUUACCUAUCUAUCAUUAGAAACUCUGGGUGAUCAUCCACUGGUAGAGGCUGUAAAGAAAGAAUUCAGCAUGAUCAAAGCACAGAAACCUGAUUUAAAUGGUUAUGUAACAGCUUCAAUAUCAGAUGUACAGAAAUGUGAGAAUGGUUUUAAGUUUCAAUUUGAUAAAGAUGGUUGUAUAAUAUCUCUAGUUGAUCCUAUAACAGGGACAGAUUGGGCCUCUACAAGCAAUCGUAUUGGUCAGUUUAUUUACCAGACAUAUAAUCAGUCAGAUUUCACAUCCUUUGAAUCCAGUUAUUCCUUUAAUGGUCAGCCUGUUGGCAUUGGGAAGUUCAAUAUGUCAGAAAAUUUUAAUGCAUCAAGCCAAGAUUGGCCAGUUGUUCUUAAAGCUCUUUACAAAGCUAAAGAUAGAAGUUGUGAUUUUUUGGUGAAUUCUGGUGUGAUGAAUAGUAAAGCUACAACAACUUAUGGUGCACCUAGAGAUAUCUGGGUCCAGUAUUCGGUUGAUGAUGUAAAAUCAGGUGUUUCUGUUGUUGUUCAGUGGUUCGAUAAACCUCCAACUCGUCUACCAGAAGCCAUUUUCUUCUCAUUUCAACCUGUACCUCAAUCUAAUGAUCAUCAUUGGUUCUUGCAUAAACUAGACCAAUUAAUAGAUCCAUUGGAUGUUGUUAUUAAUGGCAGUCAAAGACAUCAUGCAAUUGACAAAGGUGUUGUUUAUGUUAACAAGGAGAUGAAAGGCAUGGAGAUAAACUCUGUAGAUGCUGCCAUAGCAACAGUAUUAACAUCAUCAGGUUCCUUGUCAACACUCCCUUUACCAUUGACCCCUCUUAAAGAUGUGACUGGGAUGAGUUUUAAUCUAUUUAACAAUGUCUGGGAUGUCAACUGGAUAUUUUGGUAUCCAUAUUUAACAGAAGAUAAAGACCAAAAGUUUAGAUUUAAUAUUCAAUUUGCGUAAUAUUUUCACAACUACGGGUAAAUAUGUCCUUUACUGUGAUAUUCAUGUAGCCCAUCAGAAGGUACUAGCUGUUCGAGAACCUAGCCGGUUGGUAAAAAAGAAAAUUUUAUUUAUUUUAUUCAUUGUGGUUAUGCAAUUAAAUUGGGGAUGUACAAAUAAAUUUGUAUCUGAAUUUGAGAUUAUAAAUGUUAUAGAAAGUAAAUUUAUUUUAAAGGUGGUUAAUGUAUUGGUAGGCUUGAGUAAAAUAUGAUCUUAGAGUUCUGAUCAUUAAUUUAAUCAAAGUAUGUUAAUUUUGAAUAUGAUAUUUUUUAAAAUUAAAUACAGUUAUUUUUUUGGUGAAAUUAAUCUUGCAUUCAAAAUUUCAGUGUUAUAAAGUUUAUGUAGAAAUGUCUUUAUUUAUUACAUAUAAAAUAUAAAGGGCAUCAACAUGUCAGUGUUUUACAGUUUAUUUAGAAGCCUCACUUUAUAAUGAAACCCUAGUUUAUGUAGAGAAGUCUUUAAGUAUUACAUAUCAUAAUAAAGGCCUCUCUAUAAUAAAACCCAAGCUUAUAUAGAGAAGUCUUUAAGUAUUACAUAAAGGUCUCACUAUAAUGAAGCCCAAGUUUAUAUAGAGAAGCAUUUAAUAUAAAGAAGCCCAAGUUUAUAUUGUAUUGUUAUAUAAACAGUUUAUGUUUGUUAAUGUGUAAUUUAUUAUUUUCUUCAUACAUUCCCAUAUAUUUUGAAUUUGUAAUUGUUAUUUGUACAUUUGUUUUAAUUGAUUGUAUAUAAUUUUAUGCUUCGGUCGUAAAGAUAUAUGCCUGAGAGAGUCAGGACCGUAAUUAUUAUACGACCUAAUAUAUUAAGUAGAUAUUUUUUAAUGCUUUAAAUUAGUUGGCACUAUCACAUCAGUGGAAGCGGACGUUAAAUAAAGCUAAUUCAAAGCUGGCGAGUAAUAGUUUAAAACAUCAACUAUUUGUCAUUACUGGUUGAAAUACUAUUGUUAACUCAUUUAUUAAGGCUUUAUGAAAAUUAUCAUUUUGUUCCCUUGGUCAUUGGAGACAUUGUAUAAAAAUACAAAUAUUUUUUUGUGUAAGAAAAAGUGACAUAAUUAACAUCAUUGAUAUUUGAUAAAAUAUUUUUUUAAAAAAUGAAAUAAGUCUGAUUAAUGUAUUGAUUUUAUAUUUGACAAACAUGACAUUAUUUAGUUUUAAGUUAUUUUCAUACUUUUAUAGUGUAAUAGUGUUUAGCUUGCAAGGAGUAGUCAAUUCAAAAAUUAAGCUCUUUUAUAAUAUGCCAAAUUACAUGUGUAUUUAAGCUAGAAAUGAAUUCUAUCCACGAUAUUCA